AUGGCGCACAGCAAACAGCAGCGUCUCGCCGGUUCGGAACUCAGACAAGCGCAAUUCAGCUUGCAGCACUUCCACUGGUCUUGCUUGAGCCUACAGUGCGUCCUCAUUGGCGUGAUCUUGGCACAGCUUCCCGCCAGCACCUUGGUCGGGACUUUUCAAGAGCAUGGUCAUCUGGCGCAGGCAGUAGUGAGGGGGAAAGCUCUGCUGGCAGCGGCCCAAUGCAUCCUUCAUUUGAUGCUGAUCGUCAGCAAUUACCCCAUCGAACCAGAUCAAGGUGAUCGAAGAGACGCUCGCAGAGCUCGGACUCGCGUUGCCAAGGAAGCCAAUCUUCGCAGAUCUCGAAGGGAUGUGCAUCUGGUACUUGAAGGUCAACACUAUCAUCCAGGUGAGGGGCAACCGCAUUACAGCGCAGGCUUUCGGCUGAUCAUCACACUUGGCGUUGCUGUCUAAUGAAUGUAGAAGAAAGUCAAUGAGAACAUUCGCAACGAGGCAAGCACCUCGGCUUAUCUCAUAGAGGUCAAGGAGCGUGGGUCCAGCUCGGAGACGCGUGAGUGGCAAUGCUCUCUCUCGUAUAUCCGCAGGCGCUCAGGUGUGAUCGCUGGUCCUUCCCUGUAACGAGACACAGCGAACAACAGCGGUAACAAGGCACAUCAGAUCGUUCAGCAACAGACGACCAACCGAAAGCCUCAGGAGCGUGGUGAAUCCGACAGCCACUCAUCAGGCACUACACCUCACAGCUGUACGAAGACUAUGAACGGUCCAGGAAUCCAUUGA